GCCCAUAGCUGGGUGGAAGAAGUUCGACUGGUCGCAUCAAAUGGCAGCUUCGUUAGUCCCAUCGGAUACCCACGAGCGUUCGUUGGGAGAAGCGAUCCUGGAUUCAGCGACUUUUCUAAUGAAAACAAGUUUGGGGGCGAUCUCAGCGGCCCUAUGUGCCAAAGCAAACAAACCUUGGGAAGUGAAUCUACAAAAUAUCCGGCGCUGGUUGCUGCACCCAAAGAUCAAGUCGCCCUGCGCUACUUGGAAAAUGGGCACACUACCUUGUUCACAACACAAAAGGGAAAGCCCUUGGGAAGGGGGACUGUGUUCAUCUACGGCACGACGAAGCCUUCCACUGAUGAUACCUAUCUCAAUGUCCACAGGCAAUGGAAUACCGCGGGCACUGGAGGCAAUGGACGGGGAAAGUUGCUCGCUACACGCCCCUUCGAUGACGGAAAAUGCUUCCAAGCCAAUACUUCUCCUGUCGCCGAACAACGUGCUCAAGCACUCGGCCUUCCCCUUCCGCCAACGACAGAGAUUUCUUGCCAAGCCGACUUCCAAAUCCCCGCUGAUGCCCCUACCACAGGACUAUACACGGUAUAUUGGGUUUGGGAAUGGCCGUUUCUGUACAGCAAUGGUGCAAUCCAGACCAACGAGAGCUACACCUCCUGCAUAGAUAUUUCUAUGACCUCAAAUCCUGUGCCUGCUGCUGGUCCAUUCGACACAAAUCAGGUCACUGGCUUGGGUGCCAAUGCCGCUGCUAUC